UGCAGUUUUAUAUUAAUAAUCUUUAAUAGGCCUGUCGACUGAUGACGUCACAAGCAGUCGACGUGUUUACAAUGGACCUGUGAGGAUCUGAUUAUAAUGCACAGAUAAAGAGACCAGAUCCUCAUUUGUUACAAGCAGGACAGAUAGACAAAAGCCAGUAGCAAUGGGGGCAGGCAGCAGCAGCAUAAGUGACCUGUCUAGUAACAAGUACCUGAAGCGUUUUGUUAGUCCAGAGAUCAUCACAUCAAAUGACCCGUUUUGGAACCAGCUCCUGUCAUUCACAUUCUCCAUACCAAAUACAAGUUCUGACUACCGACUGUUGGAGGAAUCAAUUGCCUCACUCUACCCAGAGCUACUGAACAACAACAAAACGAGUGGAAAUGUGGCCUCCCUCAUACGUGUCUUCCUCUCUAGAGCCACAGAAUUGAAAGCAUCGGCUCAGUGCGAUGACAGUGUGUUCACAUGGCAGGCACACAAUGCAUUGUUUAUAGUUCGAUGUGUGUGUAAACUGCUCAUCCAGGACAUGUCAGAAGAAGAGGUGAUUGAUGUGUUACAAGCACCACCCGUUUCAACUGAAAAAGUUCCACAGCUUUUUGUUUUUAGGAUUUAUGAGGUCCAUUCCAGUGUGUUCACAUGGCAGGCACACAAUGCAUUGUUUAUAGUUCGAUGUGUGUGUAAACUGCUCAUCCAGGACAUGUCAGAAGAAGAGGUGAUUGAUGUGUUACAAGCACCACCCGUUUCAACUGAAAAAGAAGGGCAGGUAGAAGACAACACAAAUCUUGUUGAGGACCUGCUGACAAGCCUUGUGGAGGUGAUUGUGGAUGUUCCCUUGGUAGACCUAACAUAUGCUCUUCAUCACGAAGCCACCACAACACUCCUCAUCCUCACUUCGUCAAUUGUUUUUACAUCAUCAAAAGUUUGUCAUCUGUCGAUAUUCAGAAUGUUAAUGACAGGCCGGGCUUCCAUCCAUGCUUGUCUGUUUGUGAAAACUCUGUUAAAACGUUUUAUGGCUCAAGACAAACCACCAGCCAAAGAUGAUGGGGGGAGUCUUGUUCUUGGACUUGCUUCAGGGCUGUGGAAUGUACUGACAAUGGGGUUAGCUGGAAGUGGAGAAGACACAACCAAAAAGGGCCCAGAAUCUCCCCUGGCUUCACAAAGUGUAUUACUACUCUUAGUGUUAGCCAACCACUGCACAGCUGAUAGAAAUAUCAGAAAUCCAUAUCGCCAGGCAUUGUUACAUGCACAGAAUUUCCAUGAUCCAGCUGAGAGCACUCCAACUCAGGCAGUUGCAACAUUCAAGCUAGAAUUUGCAACUCUGUACAAGACCCUUUAUUCCCACCUCCAUGAUGACCAGACCACACUGCUGCUCUACCUCCUCCUUCACAAGAACGAUGACUUCCGCACUUAUGUCUUGGCUAGAACAGACAUGGAAAGCCUGGUCCUUCCCAUCUUGCAUACCCUCUAUCAUGCCCCAGACAGCACCUCACAUCACAUAUACAUGUCUCUCAUCAUCCUGCUCAUUCUGUCAGAAGAUGAUUCCUUUAACAAGACUAUACAUGAUAUUCCUUUAAAGAAUAUCACCUGGUACACAGAAAGACUGAUCAGUGACAUAUCACUGGGUGGCCUUCUUAUUCUAGUGGUCAUCAGAACCAUAACAUACAACAUGACGAAGAUGAGGGACAAGUAUCUACAUACAAAUUGCCUAGCUGCCCUUGCUAAUAUGUCAAGCCAGUUUCGGUCUCUCCACCCUUAUGUUUGCCAGCGUUUGGUCAGUCUUUUUGAAACUUUAGCAAAGAGACAUGCUCGGCUUUGUGAGUCUCUCAAGCACACAGAAGAUCUUCUUGAUGAGGCAGACAGUGAUAUGCCAGAUGCACUGAGUGAUGUGAGUGUAUUGGAGGAGGUGCUGAGAAUGGUGCUGGAGAUCCUGAACUCGGUGCUAACUCACCAGCUCUCUCACAACCACAACCUGGUUUAUACUCUUCUGUACAAACGACAUCUCUUCCAGCCUUUCUCCACACAUCCCAAUUUCCAGGAUGUGACACAGAAUAUUGAUGUUGUAUUAGCGUACCUCAUGGGCCGCUUGGAGACGACCAAGCGUGAUCCAGGAGUCCAGGAUGUUCAGGAAGUCAUCCAGCAAGGUGUUCUCCACCUGCCCAAAGACCGCCUUAAGAAGUUCCCGGAGCUCAAAUUCAAGUAUGUUGAAGAGAGCGAGCCAGAGGAGUUUUUCAUCCCAUACGUGUGGACUCUAGUGUACCAUGGAUCGGGUAUUUACUGGAGGCCUGACACUAUCUCCAUGUUUGAUCCGUCACAGCCAGAUGGAUAAUGUCUUUGUACAAGCCUCUUUUUAUUUGUUGCUACAUGGAUGAUGUCAGUUUGAUGUACAUUGUUUUAUGAUGUUUUGUACUCUAAAACUGUAUUCCUAAAUGCUUAUCAGUUUGCUAGGGGAGUUAGGCAGAUUCUAGUGACCCAUUAGUUAGAUAAAUUGAUUUAGGCAAUAUAUUUUUAUUUAUAUC